CGAGUGAGGACUGGGAGUGGGCGGGGCCCGGUUCCAAGCGCGAAAGAUGGCCGAGGUGAACGCUGUCCUCGCGCUCGGCUCUCCCGGCGACUUCUGUGAAGACGAGGGUGACAACCGUGUGUUCAAGGCGGCCUUGGAAGUGUUCGGGAAGCUGAAGGACCUGAACUGCCCCUUGCUGGAGGGUCUGUACAUCACAGACCCAAACACCAUCCAUGAGCUGCUGUGUACGCCCUCGAAGUACCGCUUGGAGAUCCUGGAGUGGAUGUGUACACGGGUCUGUCCCUCCAUGCAGGACAAGUUCAGCUCCCUGAAAGGGGCCCCAGUGGAGGCUAAGAUCCAAGAGAUGGUGAAACUAGGCCACGAGCUGAUGCUGUGUGCACCCGAUGACCAGGAGCUGGUUAAGGGUUGUGCCAGUGCCUGGAAGCAGCUGCAGUUCAUGGGCCAGAUGCUUGACAUCGUGCAGAGCCUGGCUGUUGGAUGCUCUGGUUACCCCAGUGUGAAGGAGCACUUCGAGGACACCGCUGAGAAGAAUGACGUGUUGCUGGACGAAUUCUUCUCUGGCACGAAUCUGGAGAUGCUUCUGAACCCCAAGUCGGAGCCAGGGCCCCUGGACACGCAACCUGUCCUUCAGAAUCAGAGCAAUGAGUGUGAAGGGGCCGGCCCCUUGGCCCAGUCGGAGCAGGAAAAGGUGGCAGAACUGGCCAGGCAGCUGCAGGAGGGCACAGCCAGGCUGUGGGCACUCAGGACCGAGAGCUUGGAGCAAUACAAGGCUGGGGAGGCUGCAGGUGGCAUCGACACCAGCAUGCUGGAGCAGAAGCUACGCCUGGUCAUCUCCGACUUCCACCAGCUGGUCCUGGCCUUCAUCCAAGUCUAUGAUGACGAGCUGGGGGAGUGCUGCCAGCGCCCGGCCCCCACCCUCCACCCAUGUGGCCCCAUCAUCCAAGCGGUGUACCAGACUCUCGCUUCCUGCAGCCAACUGUUGCAAGCAGUCGUGGAGGUCACGGAUGCCUCUGUGGAGGCCGUGGAUGCGGUGGAGAGGCAGGAGAGAGAGCCGAUCUGUUGGGACAGCAGGAGCUUCGUGAUGAGCCUAGCCACCAAAAUAGAAGAACUAACACAGAAGUACCAGAUCUUCAACGACAGCCUGCAGAAGGGCAUGGGAUAGUAUGGGGCUGCAGCCUCAGCU